AUGGCCGUCAUAGAAGAGUGCUAUGAACGCCUACCCGUCAUUCCUCCGCUCGCGCUGUUUGGCAUUCUGGCUGUUGCGGGAUAUCUAUAUGCCUGGCUCGACUUGCGCUGGAAGAACAAGGCGCCAUUAGUAGGCCUUAAAACAUCGUUCGAUCUCCGGGUAGUUGCCAAUUGGCAUGUCUUCAUGAACCUGGGUGCAAUUCUUGACGAUGGAUAUGCAAGGUUCAAAAACCAAAUCUUCCGGUUUGCACGCAAUGAUUGCGACAUGAUGAUUGUGUCAAAUAAGUACAUAGAGGAGAUCCGCGCUUUGCCCAUGAACGUCGCAAACCCUAAGGCGGCGCAUGUCCACAAUCUACUCGGUCCAUAUACGAAUAUGGACCUGAUUAUGAGCGGUGAUCUGCAUUUCCGCUCUAUCCAGACAAAGUUGACGCCCAACUUGGCAAGCCUCGCUGCGCCAAUGCGGGACGAGCUGAAGUAUGCCGUGAAAAUGGAAUUGCCUGACUGUCACGAUCAGUGGGCCACGAUCAAACCGUACCAUGUCAUUUUACACAUGGUGGCGCGCAUCAGCGCGCGUGUCUUUGUUGGAUUACCGAUUGCUCGUAAUGAGGAAUGGCUAGAGAUUUCAACGCAAUUUACCGAAAAUGUUUUCGUUACUCUGCUUGCGAUGCGGGUCUUCCCUACCUGGAUGCACCCAUUCAUUGCGCCCUUUAUCCCAACACGGUGGAAGCUACACAACUAUGUUAAGCGCGCUCAGAAACUCCUGGUCCCGGAGAUUCGACGGCGCCAAGCGGCAUACUAUUCCGGACAAGGCGAGAAGGAAUCACGCAGCCUGUUGCAAUGGAUGAUUGAGUCUGCCAACACAGCCGAAGAGCAAGAUCCCAAUUUUCUCGCUCAUUUGGAGACCAUCAUCUCGCUUGCAAGCAUCCACACUUCGCAGAUGAACGCCGUGCAUGUGAUGUAUGAUCUUGCGGCACACCCAGAGUAUCUGGAACCCUUGCGCCAGGAGAUCCGGGCCGUGGCUGCAGAACCCGGUGGCUGGAACAAGUCUUCAUACGGCAAACUGCGCAAGCUGGACAGCUUCUUGCGUGAGAGUCAGCGCUUCAAUCCGCCCAGCAUAUUGGCCUACCACCGCAUUAUGCAAGACACCGCUAUUCUGUCCGAUGGUACAGUCCUACCACGUGGUUCCCACAUUGCCAUGGCCGUGAACAAGAUCCAGAAUGACCCGGAUGUCACCCCCGAGCCGGACAAGUUCGAUCCCUUCCGCUACGAGCGCAUGCGCUCACGCGCCGGCGAAGGUCAUCUGCAUCAGUUUGCCACGGCAGAGCCGAACAAGCUGAACUUCGGAUACGGCAAAUACGCUUGCCCAGGCCGAUUCUUUGCCGCGCUCGAGAUCAAGACCAUUCUUGUCGAGCUGAUAAUGAACUAUGAUGUCAAGUUGCUCGAUGGAUGUGACCGGCCAGAGAACCUGCGAGCAUAUGAGUUUAUAUUCCCCAAUCCAGAUGUUGAAGUGCAGAUCCGUGCGCGGCCUGUGGAGGAGCAGAUGCAACUGGAUGUUACGGAGUAA